UAAAUUUAUAUCUUAUCAACGAUUUUACAACUUACUUAAGUGCAUUGUGUUGUAAUUUUUGGAGGUAACGAUGUAUUUACGUGUAAAACGGGGCGAUAUGGACGAAUGAUGAAGCGCUUUCUUCCAUUCAUAAUUAUCAGUCCGGCCUAGUGCUGCAUUCGUUAGUCGGCAAAUGUGGGAAUCGGGAUCUGCCAUCUGAUGUUCAACUGCGGAAUACACUUUGUUGGAAUAUCUAAACUGACCGUGGAUUAUGCAAAGAAUCUUCACAUUUCUAUGGAUUUAGAGAAUCAUUUUAAAACGGGAACGUGCAAUGUGGUGUUUGUGGUUUAACUGAGGCAGACGACCAUCGAUUUUUUGCUGUUUUUCCCCGUCGGGAGCGCGGGGCCCAUCACGUUUCUCUGCCGACUUCCUGGGUUCGCUUUGCUGUGAUGUGGGUGUGUAUGUUCAUAGUACAGUGUAAAAGCAUCGGAUUUAUACCAAUAUUACAAUUCUUACACUGAGAUAUACGACAUAUUUAAAACCACGAUCGCUUCAAUCCAGGAAGUUGAGUGCUGACAAAAUUGUUCCCGGUUUAUCAAGAUUUAUAUGUGAUGUGGCAGUCGAGAAUACAACGUUGUUUCUCGCAGCAGACUGGAUUAAUGAAAACGAAGGAUGUAGAUAGUUAAAGAGGACACCUUCGGAAAUAUAUUUCUUUCAAUUAUAUAUAAUGCGGGAUCUAUAAACGAUGUUGCACGACGAAUAAUGAUGUAACAAUAACUGGAUGCUGUCAGCGACUUUACUUAAUUGGAUUGGGAUGAUUACUGCAGCAUGUAGAGAAUUUAAUUCCAUAACAUCUAUAUGAGAUCAGCGCUGAGACCAACAACCAGAGCGACUCUGCCACCGCCAGAUCAAGGCAGUGGUGUUGUCAUCACCCUUGAACAGGUGCGGCCGCACCCAAGACAGCAGAAUGAGUAUGUAGACUCACCCCGGGGGCAACCCCUGGGGAGCCUCAAGGCACCUGCCUCCCAGGGCACUGUUAUCAUUGGAGGAGGGACCAGAGACAGUCCACACUCAAGGGUUAUUUUACCUGGGCGAGGUGUGAGGGCGCUUAGUACCGUCAUCUCCACACAGCCACCUGUGUCAAUAUCUCCUCCACUAAAGAAGGACCCAUUGAUCGAGGAGGACGAUGACUCAAUUAUUUGUCGAAAAUGUGGCAAGUGCAAGUGUGGUGCAUGCACGGAGCCGCGGGAGCUGCCGUCAAGGUGGUUAUUUGGCGACAAAUGCCAGAUUAGUGCGGAUGAGGUGGUGGAAACGUGCACCUGCUUCUGUUGUGUUAAGGGUGUGUUCUAUCACUGCGGAAAAGAUGAGCAGGACUCGGACUAUGUGUGUGACACAGACCCGUGUGCGUCGUGUAGUAAACCACACUGUUGUGAACGAUGGACAUGUAUGGCAAUGAUGUCGCUGUGUCUGCCCUGUCUGUGUCUGUAUUGGCCGGCCAAGGGUGUGCUCAAGGCAUGUACUGUAUGUUACAACAAGUGUCGUAAAAAGGGCUGCCAAUGUUCGUCCAAGGCCACUAAGCAUAGUAACGAACAGAGCUCACAGUCACAGUCGAGACGUUUACUGAUCGAGUCUGAUUCGAGUACCGGUAGUUCGUGAGGAUCGUUGGCAUUUGUGAUUGUUUUUUUUCUCGACUUAUGUGUGAUAUAAAGUGUGUACAAACACUUACUAGUACCUGACGAGUCCCAGAUUAACUGUGCCAGUGGUUAUGAUGAUUGUGUAAUAUUGUUACUUGUCUGUUAAGUCUUGCACCCAUUGGAGGAAGGCUUAUCGUAUAUAUAACAAUUGUUUUGACCAUUUCUUUUUUCUUUCUUUUUUUUUCAAAAUAUUAUAUUGGAUAAACUUCAUACCAUUCUGUACUGCAUUCUGUGCCAAUCGACAAAUAUUUU